GUUAGACCAAUCACAGUUGGUCUUGUUGGGCUGUCGUCCCGCAGUAGCGAUGGUGGGAAUGAGUGUUCUCAGGUCUGUUGCUGCCUUUGCAGCCAGACUGAGUCCUCUUAAGUCUGGAAAUACUGCGGCAAAUUUACUCACUCGGACAAUCCCGCGUACAGAUAAAGUGGCUGUCCGUUGGGGUCAUGGAAAGAGACUGUUUGUCAUCAAACCUACUGAGUUCUACGACAAAAGAUUUCAGAGCUUGCUGAAAUAUUACAUCCUGCUGACUGGUAUUCCUGUGGCGAUCUUGGUCACAAGUGUGAACCUCUUCAUUGGUGAGGCUGAGCUCGUUGAAAUUCCUGAGGGCUAUGAGCCUGAGCACUGGGAGUACUACAAGCACCCUAUCACCAGGUGGAUUGCAAGGAAUCUCUAUGAUUCCCCAGUGAAGGAUUAUGAGAAGAUGAUGGCUGCAAUCCAGAUUGAAAAGGAAAAGGGAGACUUGAGGCUGACAGAGCUGGAGGUGCGUCGACAGAUGAGGCUGAAGGGAGACGGCCCCUGGUACCAGGUGCCAACCCUUAACAAGGAGCUAAUUGACAAUAGCCCUAAGGCAACACCUGACGACUAAGAUGUGUCUGUCAUCAGUACAUCGUGCCGAUCGAUCUCGCUGUUUGUACAUUUUUUCCCUUCACGCGUAAAUAAAAUAUCUAUAUGUA